UUUAAAAGUUUUAUACAUCACCACUGGCAGGUGCAACGUGAUGGAACACAUUUGGCUCUUCAUGCUUUCUCUGUCAGGAAUUGUGUCACCAAUUCUGUGCAACACACAUGACUACAUUCUGAUUAAACAGUUAAAAACAUGGAGCGAUGCUCAAACUUACUGCCGAACAUACCAUGUUGAUCUGGCCACUGUUCAAAGUACUGAAAACUUCACCCGUCUGCAAGAAGUAGCAGACACAAACAAAUUUACUGGAGCUGCCUGGACUGGCCUGUACAACGACAUCAAAAGCUGGCGGUGGUCUUAUAAAGAUGAGAGUCAGUUGUUCACUCACUGGGCGUUGGGACAGCCAGAUAACUACGGUUGGGGAGAGGAGUGUGUUACACUAAGAUAUGAUGGUGUUUGGUUUGACACAUACUGUCCGUAUCAAAAAUAUUUUCUGUGUUUUGAUGACCAGAGCAACAGCACAGACAAUUAUAUUGUUGUUACUAAAGCUAAGACUUGGCUUGAUGCUCAGACGUACUGCAGACAGCAUUAUACAGACCUGGUCACCAUUAGAAAUCAAACGGAAAAUGACAUGUUAGCAAAGAAGAUAUAUGGGACUACAGAUUUUGCCUGGAUUGGACUAUUCAGGGACUCUUGGAAGUGGUCCGACCAGGCCAACUUAACAGACUCAACUCGAGUGAUUGCUCAACGUCUGAAUGGAGCAAAUGAAGAUUGUGCUUUAGUAAACUAUGGGGGUUACAUCGACGACUAUCCCUGCACUUUAACGUUUUACUUCUAUUGUGACACUGUGUGGCUGAAACGGCAGAUUGUGAGACUGGAGGUAAAAGUCAGUCAGAAUGUGGCUGAAACUACAUUGAUGGCUCUCGUCUUAAAGCAGAUGCAGCAAACCCUCAACAAACAGGGCUGGACCGAAGACGUCACCAUGACAUGGAGGAAACAACGCAGUGGACGAGUCUUCCAGAAGAUUCAAACACUUGAACCACAAAGUAGUAAUGAAAGUGCUGUGUGCCCUGGCCCCAACUUCUGAACACAUCUUUUUAUGAUUUUUUUUAUUUAUAUCUUUUGGAGGAAAAGGUAUAUAACAUUUUGUGUGAUGGAACAUAAUUCUCAGUGAAAUGAGUUCAAAAUACUCCAUUUAAAAUGAGUUUGACACCUCUAAUCUGUUAUAAUUAAUCAUUGUAGUUUGUGUCUCUUAUUAAGUGUGAUUUAUUCAUUAACUUUAGAUUUCCAGUUCUAUAUAUGCCAUAUAAAAAUAUGUUUUAUUAGAGCAAAAAAAUGAUUAAAAAGAGAUUUCUUUGAUAUAGGUAGACCGGGGCUAAUUGUCACACAGGGAAGAUGUCAAAAGGGCUAUUUAAAAGAAUAUUCCAGGUUCAAUUCAAGUUAAGAUCAAUCAACAGCAUUUGUGGCAUUCAUUUGAUUACCACAAAAAUGUAUUUUGACUCAUCCCUCCUUUUCUUUAAAAAAACAAUAAUAAAAAAAUACAGUGAGGCAUUUACAAGUCAAUGUGUUCAAUCCAUAAACGUUAAAAUAAUCAGUUUCAAAACUAUAGACACAACAAUA